AUGAGAGGAGUCCUGGAAGGUGAAGAGCUCCGGAGGAGAGAGCGGCGGCGUGAGAGGCUGCCAGGUUUGGGACGGUCGGGGGCUCAGUGUCGCGCUCGUAGCCCAGCAACAUGGCCUGACCCCAGGCCCCAGAGUAGGGUCGACGCCGUCGCCAUGGAAUGGGCCAACGGCGACGUCCGCAUCAACCUUGUCCGAGGCGGACCCUUUUCAAGGGUCCCUGACCGUGGCGACCCGUCAAAUGUAGGAGCAACUCGAGAAGAAUACUCGCCUAAAUCUCAGACUCGUAUACCCAUGAGCGCUCCCCAGCCCUCUAGGGAGGAAUUCAAACCCAACCCCAAUUAUUAUCAACACACGGCUCCCGCCACCUACGGCAUUGUACAUCCGGAUUAUAAAAUUAGCAGCAAACGUUAUUGCGAUGUCUCUUUACCUAAGUUUGGCUUGGAGAGGGAAGACAGCCUGCCGCCCAGAAGCUCUGAUUAUCCAUCUUUGCAACGGGGCUUUGGUGCCUCUGCCUUCACGGCGCCAGCUUCCGAUGACAGUUGCAGUCAAGUGUGUUCCGAGUGUCCUGGUGGGGGCGCUCCGUGUGACUACGGUCCUCCUUCAGAACCUGGCUAUCCUAUGGUCGAGAUCCACUCAAGCUGCAUGCCACCGGAGCCACCAGAGUCCUACACACUAGACAUGGGAGGUGUAGUUAGCGGUGUGGGCGUCAGUGAUGACCGCAGUGUUCAGAGCCACGCUAGUCAUUGCGAUAUCAGAGAUUUUGAAGAAUGGCGGGGCCUUAGAGGCUCCCACGAGUCUUUAGGCUCCUUACCACCUGACCUGCAGAGACAUCUUCAAAACUGCCGCUGCCCUUGUGAUCAUCUUGGAUACGGCAACUAUCAAACUUUACUAGAGGGCGGCCGAGUAUCGCACAUCUCAAGAAGUCUCAGUGAGGCGGCAGCGGCAGUCUACGGGGGCGCCAGAGGGCCCCAGGACGACCCGAGUGGGGCUUCUUCUUCAUCAUGUGGUCCCAUGGCCCCAGGCCAGGGUCUGCAAGGAGGCCCUGAUUACACCCAACUUUCUUUUCUGGAUUCGCCCAGAUCGACAUCUUCAAACGGCUUUCCUACCAGGAGAAAAGUCCAAGCCAUGGGCUGA